AUGCACUCUCAGCCUUCAAUUGAUUCAAAAAGUGCUGAAAAGAAACCUGAAGUUAUUACAUGUUACAACAAAAUAAAAGGAGGAGUAGAUACUCUAGAUAAGAUGGUAAGGACAUACAUUUGUAAAAGAGUGACUCGAAGAUGGCCUAUGGGUAUAUUCUACAAUAUGAUUGAUAUAAGUGCAGUGAAUACUUUCAUUGUUGCUAAACAUCUUCACUUGCAAAGCUUCAAGGAUAAAAGAAUACAGUGCUUAAUUCAGUUAGGAAAGGGACUUGCUGGAAUUAAUGCUAAACAAGAACAUGACAAACAAUCUUCUAGUUCUGCUAACAUCUCUCAACCAAACAAGAAAAGAAAACGAUCUUCAAUCUCAUUUGAGAUUCCUCAACCAAAGCAAAAAGGAAGAUGCUCUUUGUGUGGCCCAAAAAUAAACAGGAAAUCUCGUACUACAUGUAAGUAUUGUAAUAUCCAUGUUUGCCAAGAACAUUCCAAUGUUGUCUGCAUUCACUGCCAUGAAGAGUUGUAA